AUGGCCGACGCAAAUCUGCAUCGCCUCGUCCAGACCACGUCCUUUGACCUCGUCGCGACUCCUGGUUAUCAUGCAUCCCUCGCAAAAACACCCUUCGACGUGAAAUGCGCCGCAGAUGCCGAAGACGACUGCAACAUCUUCACGUCACCUUUUGCAAACUGGGUACCCGAGUUCCCGCGCAUCGUGAACCGAGAAAUCGUGACCUACAGUGACGGAUUCUGGGGUCCUCAAGAGUACACACGCUGGCCCCAGCUCUACAACGAAAGUUGUAUUCAUCAUGCCUGCAUCCCAAACCGCGAUGCCGAGUUCGCCCCCGGUGCGCAGGUGUAUGAUGGGUUCGGGUACAGCCCGUGGGAGGAAUCCGCCGCUUGCGGGGUGCCUGGGUUUGGUUUCUUGAAGCCCAACAUUCUCGACGAGAUGUUUACUAUCGCCUCGGGCGUGCUAACACGUUACGAGGCGGCCGAGCGACAUGUGGAGAAACGAGAUUCCAUGUUGUUCAACCGCGAGUCAGGCAUCCACCAUCGCUUGGGGAGAAUGCUCUCUAUCCUCCUGAGGAACGCAGUGGACCGCCUCCAGAUGCUCCCUAGCACAGAACAGCACGCCUUGGUGACCGGCCGCAUGGCUCAUCGCCUCAUCCUUGAGUUGAGCGGCUUAACCGUGUUCUACAAAGACGUCGUGGUUCGAAUGUCUGCUUCCAUCUCUCAUCAUCGCUGGGUCCUCCCGGUGCUCGGAGCGUUCGUUCGCACAGAGGCCGCCGCCCAACUUUCCAUCGUCUGGGCUGCCAUUCUGGCACAUCCGGCCGUGGUCGCGGAGAUCAAAAUCACGGAAGUCGUGAAGCCGCGUCGUUGGAACAGUGUCCUCAGUGACAAACCGGCUUGGCCGCGGGUACCUAAAUCGUGGUAUGAUCCCGAUGGCACUCAUCAGGAUCCCGGGCGCUGGACGCAUCCCUCGGUGAUCUUCGUCUGCAACAUGACGUGCUCAUCGGCGUUGCCUCAUCUACAGGCAGUCAGGCGAGCGGAAGAAAAAGACACUCGUCGCAAUGCUACCAAGAGGGGCAAGCGGGGGCGGAGUAAACGCGGAGGGGCCAAAGCGCAUGCGCCACACGCCGCCACUACUUUCAAAUGCCCUCCGGAGGACCUCGUCGCGAUCACACCCAAUUGGCGCGCUGCUCUGUCUGGCGUCGCCCCUCUUGCGUUCCCACCUGCGUCGCCCUCGAGUACUACUAUCCACCGCCGUUCGUCAUCCUCGAGGCCAAACCCACAAAUCGCGCACCGCCUGGUGGAUUCCAGAAUCAACGGUGCUCCUCUGCGCAUUGCAGACUGGCGUCACGCGUUGUUUGGCGAUUACCAUGUCGAUCGACACGGAGAGGCGAGCGAGAGUCAUGUGAAAGAAGUGGAAGAAGGCGAGCUCGGAAGCGAUGAGGACGACAGGCACCCGCACGGGACCGAGGGUGAUGGACGCGUCGAAAGCGGCAGGACGUUCUGCGCGAGGAACGAAAACAGGCAGUCCGAUCUCUAUUCGCCCAAGGCGGAGCUCUUCUCUCCUAUCAAGAAGCUGAUGUCAUACGAUAUCGUGUUAGCCACAAGGGACCACCAAGUUCUCAGGUUCGUAACAUGGGAGCUUUACGAAACCAACUGGCGCUGCGAGAUUCGGGCUCUCGAUAGUCGCCUGGUUGACCAGACCUCUGAUUCAUUCCGCAAGUGGGAGCGCGAGCAGCUGCUCGCCGAGGUCUGGCGCGACUCCUCCGUGCAGUCUGCCUUUUCAGCCUCGAUGUCGGCCCUCCAUCCUUUAGCUGGAUCCCCGCUGGUCAGAUGGUUGGAAAGGCCGGCGUUCUAA